GAAAGUGUGAUGUCGCAGCAAGCGAACGUCCCUCAACCACCAAUGACCACUGUAAGUACGUCAUCGGGUAACGUGCCUGCACAAAGUCCUGGUGGAGCCUCGUCUGCGGCCGAUGAAUCACUUGACGAUUCGAAAUCUUUACGAGGCGCAUCCCCCGCUUCCUGGCCGCACACUCCGGCUCAACUUAGUCAGGGACAGGUUGGUAAAGACGCUCUGUUGGAUAAUUAUGUGAAUUUUUGA